GGGCCUGUACUGUGCUGUAAUGUUCUAUGUUUCUUCAAAGGAAACGACUUCAGCUGAUCCACCAGCCUCGGGCUCUCCUGGACAGGACGGCAGUGUUGCAACAGUUGCUCUGGACAGACUCAUGGGUGCGAGGGAACCCGGUUUGUGAGCGGUCUGGGGUCAGUUCCACGUUCCCAGCACCCGGGGCGGCGCCGGUGUCCCGGUCCCGGGCGAGCGGGGCGGCCGGGACCGGGACGGUGCGGAUUCGCCGCGUAACCUCGGCGCCGAGCGAUUUCCGCCCUACCAGGAAGCGGGAGGAGCAGAGGCGACGGGACGGGGACGGGACGGGGACGGGGACGGGACGGCUCACCUCACCCUCCGCCUCGGCUGGGAUGGGGAAUCUCCCCUCGGGGCAGGUGAAGUUACCAAGCAGCUGCAUUUGGACAAGAGGAUCUUCUGCUAGUAAUCAGAGUGACAGUUGAAGAAGGAAUUGCCUCCAUUGGUAUUACCCAUUGGUUGUGUGUCAGUGCACAAGAGGGAGCCCCAUUCAGCAGCAGAUGGCUCGCUUUUUCGGGUGGUUCAGAGACUUAAAGAGGAACAGGAACCGGAACCAAAAUCCCAACUGCAGCCCCCAGCCAAGUGACAGAACGAAAAGUCGCUGUCAGAACCCAAGGUCCAACAGCACCAGCUCACAGCCCGUCGCUGAUUCCUCCUCAUCCUGGAAGUUUGACAGCAAAGCUCGAUGGGGUAAAGAGUAUGACGUGUGUAUCUGCCACGCUGAGGAUGAUGUUACAUAUGUGCAAGACCUGGUGUCCUUCCUGGAACUGCGGCCACACAGUCUUCGCUGCUUCCUGCAGCUCAGGGACUUGGCCCCAGGGGGUGCCGUCUGCACUGAGCUCUGCCAAGCUGUCAGGGAAAGCCAUUGCUGGGUACUGGUCAUUUCACCGAGCUUUCUCAAGGACCCGUGGUGCUGGUACCAGAUGCAGCAGGCAUUGUCCGAAUCUCCCACAGCCAACGGGCGGGUCAUUCCAGUCCGGAAGCAGCUGGAGCGGAAGGAUUACCCGCAGGAGCUUCGCUUCAUGUUCGGCAUUGAUGUCAGACUGGACAAGGAGAACGGAUUCCAGAAGAUCAAGCGCGCUAUUUUGUAUUAUCUUGAGGAGCUCUGCAGGAAGGAGAGAGAGGAGCAGCGACAAAGGGACACUGAGAACUGUGUGGACACUGUCAGCAACACGACAGACUUGAGCGGAACUUGCUGAACGUGUGAAGGACCGUGCACACAAUUCUACCGUCACUGAGUUGGGAUAUUGGAAGUGGAGGAGAUCAGUCCUAAUACUUAAACUCAAAAGCGCACACGUGUCAGUUUCUGUAGUGGAGUAUGUAAUCGACAACCUGUCUGUAUCACUGUGUGUGGGUCUGCCUGUCUGUUUCUUUAUCUGCUGUUUACAGGCCUUUGUAAGUGUGUAUGUGUAUCUGUCUCUGUGUAACGUGCAUGUAUGUGCUGUGUGUGUCUGUCUGUGACAUUGCAUGUCUGAUUCUCUAUCUCCACGUCCCGCUACGUGGGUGUUUACUUGUAAUACUUUAUCUUUUGGUGGGGGCUCUCCCAGGACUACAAAUAUUAAUUGAAAACUGACAGAGGUUGGUGGAUUUCUAGCCUGCGCUGAACCGAGGUGAGGCACGUGGUUGGACCUUUGGAGCUGUUAUUUAAUGGACUUUUUCCCCUCACAACUUCCAGAGAUCUGGGAGAACAGUGACCAGCAGACAACCAUGUUGUGAUCAAAAGCAAGUGUUUAUCCACGCAAUUCGUCAUAACAACUUCCUUCUAUUAAUGGAGAAAUAAUAUUGCUCUUAUAGUCUGUAAUUUUGGCCAUGAGAUCUGUUGCCAAUUAAAUGUACCAGAUAUAAAUCAGCAGACAAUGACUCUGACUAAUAGCUGUUCUUUAUUAAUUGCUAUUAGUUCAAUGACUUAACUCUUUAGUUCCACAGCUCUUCAGUUUACAUUUACAGUUUCCAAAACUCAUAACCCGCAUUUAGAUAUUACCUGCUCUUGAUGAACCUGGCGAGUUCUUCUGAGUCGCUGACUCAGGGUUUGCCUCAGUUGUUCUCCAGAGAAGAACAACUGAGGUCAUUUGUGAGGGCAACUAUUCAUUCAUUUCUUUGCCUUCCAGACAUUGCUUAGUUUUUUAUAGCCGAUUAUACGGUUGUAAGUCCAGACCUUACUGAUACGAGUAUGUGUUUCUUUAACCCUUCAAGUUCCUGCUGCUGGUGUUGCACAAUUACAUCAACCAUCGUUUCCUUAAUUAUCAGAGUGUCUGGGCUUUUGCAGUCCGUCAGACUAUCCCUCUCACGGGCUGUCAGUUCCCAAAACGUCCUCAUCUGCUUGUUCUCUCCUCUGGGAUAACGGGAUAGUUCACACGGCUGUAAAGCUGUCUCAGUGACGUUUUUGCUUUGAUACUGACUGGGCAUCGGUCACCUGACUUUCCUUCCCUAUGCUGCUUUGUUGUCUCUCUCUUGCCGGCAGAGUGUCCUCCCAGAGCCUGUUGGGAUACUUGACAUCCGUCUGCCUGCUACAGUUCUAAGUUCUGAUGGUCCUGGGGAAUAGUUAAACAGAAUAACUGUUUACUGCCAGGACAGCUCCUCAUAUAACUCAAUGGUUAACACAAUGACCCCAAGACUCACUUCAAAUCCUAAUUGUUCAAAUUCACUUUUAGAUCUCUUUCAGAAAUGAUGUUUUGGGUGGAGGUGUGUUACGGUGAAAUGUGACACGAAUUGCACAGCCACAAAUACUUUGGCUAUAAGAGCAGGUCAGAGGCUGAGUACCCUAUAGUGACCUGACAACCCCAACCCUUCCUACAUCUACAAAGCACACAGUCCGGAGCAUGCUGGAAUACUCUCCUCGUGCCUGGAUGACUGCAGAUGCAAGAAGCUCAACGCCAUCCAGAGCAAAAGAGCCACUUAGUUGGCAACCCAUCCACCAACUAAACAUACAUUCCCUCGACUACUGGAGUACAGUGGCUGCAGUGUGCUCCAUCAGUAGUUAAUUGUCCUCCCCAUAUCCUGUCAAACUCCCUAAGAGGUUAGUAUAUUUCAAUGAGGUCACCCCUCAUUCUUCUAAACACCAGGGAAUAAAGGCGCAGCCUAUUCAACCUCCCUAUGAGCGAUAAACCUGUCAUCCCCCAGACUGAAUCUUUGCCACAUUCCCUCUAUAGCAAGAAUAGCCUCCUUAGAGCAAGGAGACAAACUGUUCCACAGUACUCCACACGUGGUUCCAUGAAAGCCCUAUAUAACUGUGGUAAAACACCUUUACUCCUGUACUUAAAUUCUUUUCCUUUUAAAGGCCAACAUACCGUUUGCCUUCCUAAUUGCCUGUUGCACUUUCAUGUUAACUUUCAGUGACUUGUGGGAGUAUUUGAUAUUGUUGGAGAAUUUGACAUUGUCUUCACCCCACCCAGGAGUACGAGUAUGUUCAAACUAUUUAAGUGUUUCUUGACGGACUUGAUAUUGAAUCUUCCAACUAUCAGUAACUCUCUCUUUCCUCCUGUCUGUACUAGAAAUGGCCAUUUCUGACUGGCAUCAUUUUGGUUCGGUUUUUCUCCCUCCAUUCUUGUGGUCUGACCUGCUGGGCAUGUUCCACAGCCUCACACCUACCAACACAUAACACAGACAGAGGAGCAGAGCGGCCACAUUAAGUCACCCCAGCAGAGAGGUUCCCCUUGUUCCAUCCAUCCCUCCCAGACCUUCUCUGCUACUGAAAACAAACUUGUUUUCUCUUUCACAGUUCUGACAAAGGGUCGACAACCUGAAACAUUAACUGCUUCUCUCUCCACAGAUGCUGCCUGACCUGCUGAGUGUUUCCAGUAUUUUCUGCUUUUAUUUCAAAUUUCUGGAAUCUGCAGUUUUUUUAUUAAAUUUUCACUUUGCAGUCUCACUCCAUUUAAAUUAUAAUUGCUUUCUCUUUCCUCUGAAGUGGAUAACCUUGCAUUUUCCCCCAUUUGUACUCUAUCUGACAACCUCUUGCCCACUCACUUAACCUAUCUAUAUCCCUUUACAAGCCUUUUGUGUCCCCCUCACAUUGUGAUAACUCACUUAUUGUUGUAUCAUCACCAAAUGUGGCAACAAUAUACUCUGUCCCUUCAUCUGAUUCAUUAACGUAUAUUGUAAAUAGAUGAGGUCUCAGCACUGACCAUUGCAGUGCUGGUUACUGUCAAUUCAGAAAUUAAUAAUUUCUUCCAGGAGACAAGAGAUUGCAGACACUGGAAUCUGGAGCAACACGCAAUCUGCUGGAGGA